AUGGCACUCUGCGAUCGUUCACCAUGCUGGCAAACUCGUAGUUUACUGGCUUGGUGUAUCCUCUCCAGCGUGGCUCUGAUCGUCCUGCUGCCAUUGAGCUCGAUCGCCGAAAGCUACGGUUACGACUCAGCAUCCUCCUGCGAUCCAACGAGGGCUUCUCGUCGUGGUCGCUCACAGCUGUUGAAAACAAUCCCUUGCGACCUGAGCGUCCAAGCCUAUUGCAACCUGCCCGGUUCGGCCUAUCCGUGGCAUGCGGUUCGCCGUUUCGUGCACGAAAAUCAGGGCCUCAUGCGACGCAUGUACGGUGACGUGAGGCACAUAUCCGUGCUGAAGGAGGAAUUCGAGAAUAAUGAAAUCGAAAUCGACGAUAUCGAUCGCGCCACGGAACGAUACAGCCGUCCACAGGCCGCCGAUGGUCGCGAUCGGCGUGUCGAUGGUGGCAAGCGAAUGAAAUACCUGCGACCGUCGGCACCACAGCACUACGACGGAUUGGGACACUAUUUGCGAGACAAAAGUAACGAGAUUCCCCUCAAUGAGCCUCACUUUCGACCGGCUCAGCUGAAGACGACCACCACGACGAGGACUGUCACGCCCGCGACAGUGAAAACUACCCUUUCCAGGAGCGAAGUGCCAAGUACAGCCACUGCGACGACUACGACGACGUCAACGACCACGAAACCGAUGCCCAGAACCACAAAGGGUGCCCUAACGACGACUUCCCGGAGUACUUCGACAGCGACUACCGUGGAAUCUCCACCUCGAACACCAUUAACAACAGCAUCCGCCGGUCAACCGAUAACUUCCACGCAAUCACCAGUGAAAAAUGAACCCACGGAACUGGAAUCCUUCAAGGAUGCCAGUGGAACGAAGAAUCAAGCUGAGAGUUCAUCUAAUGCUGGGGUAGAUUCCACAACCGAGGGCACCACUACGUUGCUGGUUACAAACAACGUAGCGGAAGAUACUUCCAAAGUCCAAUUGCUGGAAGGUGAAACGAUCGACAUGGAAGCAUUAUCCUCUCUGGCAAAGCUGGAAAUGAGUGAAGCGAUGCUGACCUCCGCUGAGCCGGAGGAAAAGGACAUAGGCGAAGAUAAAGUGCUUGGAGGAAAGAUUUCUACGACACUCAAACUAUCCGCCUCGGUCCCACAACUGGCGGCUAAAAAGCCCGAACCGGAUGCUCUCUCCAGUAGUGCGAAGGUCGAGGAGAUCCAAUCCACGGUAAGCAGCAAUUCGCACGAUCGGCAGGAUUUUGUACCGGCAAGUGAACCGAGUGAGAGUGUCCUAAGCAAAGACAUAGAGGAGGGAGAUCCCGGCAAAAGUGCGAAUAAUGUCGCUGCCGAACCGCUUGCCCAAGAAGACUCGGUCGCAUCGAGCAGCACCAUUCAACCUCAAAAGAUACGCUUCGAGAGUAUCAAGGGCGGUGCGGCCGGAACACCGGCGGUGAAGAAACCCAACGCCGAAGGUCAACUAUUUCAGGAUGUAGCCCAAAAGGAGCCGCCUGUCGUUAACGGACGUGGAGUUAACGCCUGCCCCGUGAAGGAGGAAGUGGUCGCCCCAUUCUGGGCCAACAAUACCCGAGGUGAGGUGUUAGCCCUGCUGAACCUGUACCCCUUCGAACAGUAUGUACACUGGGAGAAGUGUACGCACGAGCUGAAGCAGAUGUACUGCCGCGAGGGAUGCCGUUGCGAGCAGCAGUAUCGGCUCCAUCGGCUGCUGGCCUACGAUCCACACAACGAGUGUCGAGGUAUUUUCUCCGACUGGUUCCGGUUUCCAUCGUGCUGCAUUUGCAAGUGCUACGAUAUGCCGUUCGACUUUCGCGUCACGUCACGCAGCCCUCGCUCGCUGACGAAAGAAUCGAUCGAGCUGAUGGAGGACGAGCUGCAGAAUGCUAUCUACGAGCAUGCGACCGACGAGUGGUACCGACCGAAGGAGCAUGACUUUGACUAG